CUGACAACCAUUUAAUAUUGCGGCAUUACGUUUGCGCACUCAUCAGCUGAUUGUUCUUCAAUCAUCAGUCGGUCAAAAUGGCCACCAUCACUCAGAUCCUCACCAAAAAGGUGUCAACCUUGAGACUGGUUGGAGAAGCAAGAUGUCUCCACACAACAAAGAUAGCUUGUGUCGCAAUGUCAAAGUUCGACAAGACGUCGGAGUUGCCUUACGAGAAGUUGGUAAAGAAUCUGGAGGUUGUGAAGGGUAGGUUAAAUAGGCCUCUCACUCUUUCAGAGAAGGUUUUGUACUCUCAUCUUGAUGACCCCGCCAAUCAGGAUAUUGUUAGAGGAGAAUCCUACCUUAGGCUCAGGCCUGACAGGGUUGCCAUGCAGGAUGCUACUGCUCAGAUGGCCAUGCUUCAGUUUAUCUCCAGUGGUCUACCAAAGGUUGCUGUUCCUUCUACCAUUCACUGUGACCAUCUUAUCCAGGCUCAGAUUGAGGGAAACAAGGAUUUGGCAAGAGCCAAGGAUAUUAACAAGGAGGUUUACGAUUUCUUAGCUACUGCUGGAGCUAAGUAUGGAGUUGGAUUCUGGAAACCUGGAUCCGGUAUCAUUCAUCAGAUUAUCCUAGAGAACUACGCUUUCCCAGGACUGCUGAUGGUUGGAACUGACUCCCAUACACCCAACGGUGGAGGUCUUGGAGGACUCUGUAUCGGAGUUGGUGGAGCUGAUGCUGUGGAUGUUAUGGCAGAUAUCCCCUGGGAGCUCAAGUGCCCAAAGGUGAUUGGAGUUAAACUGACCGGUAAGCUGAGAGGAUGGACUAGUCCCAAGGACGUUAUUCUAAAGAUUUUCAUGGUGUUAGAUAAAAUUAACGGGACAGCUGAAUAUUAUUAACCUCUAGGAAUAUAUUUCGUCUAUCAUUGCAAUUGUAAUGUAGGAAUGGGAACCAUCUGUAACAUGGGAGCUGAGAUUGGAGCAACUACAUCUGUAUUCCCCUUUAACAGUAGGAUGGCUGACUACCUAGCGGCUACUGAGAGGAAAUCUAUUGCUGAUGUGGCGGCUAAGUAUAGUUCAGCACUUCUAUCACCUGACCCAGGAUGUCAUUAUGAUGAGGUUAUCGAGAUCAACCUUGAUACAUUAGAACCUCAUGUAAACGGACCCUUUACUCCUGAUCUAUGCACUCCAAUCUCCAAGCUCGGAGAGACAGCUAAGGCUUCUGGAUGGCCUCUAGAGGUCAAGGAUGGCUUGAUUGGAUCCUGUACCAACUCCAGCUACGAGGAUAUGAGUAGAGUAGCUUCACUCAUCAAGCAGGCAUUAGACAAAGGGCUGAAAGCCAAGGGAACUUUCUAUAUUACUCCUGGAUCAGAGCAGAUUAGAGCAACUAUUGAGAGAGAUGGACUUGCUGAAACAAUGAGAGAAUUCGGAGGAAUUGUGUUGGCUAAUGCCUGUGGACCUUGCAUUGGACAGUGGGACAGGAAAAAUGUAAAGAAAGGAGAGAAGAAUACUAUCGUCACAUCUUACAACAGGAACUUUACUGGAAGAAAUGACGCUAACCCCGCCACUCACGGUUUCGUUACUUCUCCUGAGAUGACAGUUGCACUCACUCUUGCAGGAACUCUUGACUUCAAUCCUCUGACUGAUAAACUGAAGGCAGCUGAUGGAUCUGAUUUUCUGUUGAAUUCUCCGUAUGGUGAUGAGCUCCCCCAGAGAGGUUUUGAUGCUGGUGAAGAUACCUACCAGGCUCCUCCUGCUGAUGGUUCAGCUGUUGUUGUUAACGUCAACCCUAGCUCAGACCGUCUUCAGCUCCUUCAUCCCUUCGAACAAUAUUUGUGUAUUGUACAAUGUGCAGGUAUUUACUGGGUUGUGGUUGGAGAUGAGAACUACGGAGAAGGAAGCUCUAGAGAACACGCUGCUCUUGAACCUAGAUUCCUCGGGGGUAGAGCUAUCAUCACUAAAUCAUUUGCCAGAAUCCACGAAACUAACUUGAAGAAGCAGGGUAUGCUACCUCUAACCUUCGCAGAUAAAGCUGAUUAUGACAAGAUCCGACCUGAUGAUAAGAUUUCUAUUCUUGGUCUCAAGGAGUUCGCUCCUGCCAGGCCUGUAACUGCUUGUCUGCACCAUGCUGAUGGUAGCUCUGAGAAUAUUGUUCUCAAUCAUACAUUUAACGAGCAGCAGAUCUCAUGGUUCCACGCCGGGUCAGCUCUCAACAGGAUGAAGCAGAUGAUGAACUAGAGCUUUAUAAACAUACUAGUGACAAUACAGCAGUACAACCACAUUCACAACAAACAUAAAUAAUAAUGAUUCCGCGAUUAUUAAAUCUCCUUUUUCUGUUCUCCUAAAUUACUCGAUGAAUAAUGUUAACUAUUUAAUAUGUAUGGAAAUAAACCAUCUUGAAUGCA